UUUUCCAUAGUGAGUUUUCAGUUCAAACCAAUACUUCAGAAAAACUGGAAAUGUUUGGACUUUACUUUCAUGUUGUAUGUCUCUUCAGUGUGAUCUCGGCACAUACAGUUUCUCAGUCUCAUCCUUCAGUGCUGGUGCAGCUCGGAGACUCUGUAACUCUGAAGUGCACUAUCGAACAAGAACAGCUGAGUCAACUGCUCUGGUACAAACAAGUUGUUGGACAGGCUCCAAGGGCCAUUUUAUCAUCGUCAGGUUAUGAUUCUUCAUUAACAUUAUAUAAAGGAUUUAGAGAUUCACGUUUUGUCAUGCAGAAGAAUGGAACUUGUUUUAAUCUCCACAUUUCAAAAGUUAAGUUUUCAGAUACUGCUACAUAUUACUGUGGAACAAUAGAUUUCACAGAGCUGCAGUUGGGAAAUGGAACCUUACUGUUUGUUAAAGAUGCUGAAACCAGUUACAGAUCUUUCCACCCCCCUCUGUCUAAAUCACUCCAGUCAAAAGACAAUAUUGAUCAGCAGUGUGUGAUUUACAGACAGACUCAAACAGGAAACCAGAAUGUUUCUUGUUGUGAGCAUCUAUUUGGACAAGCUGACUCCAGAAAUACUUUUAUACAAGGGAAUGUGUUUCAGAAGAGCUUCGAGGCUGGACUUCCUAGUCAGAGCUCUGUCUAUACUCUUCCCAAGAGGAACCUCAGAUGCUCAGAUGCUGAGACGUACUACAGUACUGUGGCCACAUGUGAGGAGAUAAUUUCUGCAAAAGAAAUACAACUUGAUAACAAAGUGUACCACAGCUACAAUUCUAGGCAGUUCCCAGUGGUCAUUGCUUUGGGAGUUCUGAAUGGUGUUCUUAUAAUUAUGAUCACUGUCCUGACCUACAGACAGUUCCAGUCAGCCAAGUGUGGGAGUUUUGUGGAGAGUGACUCUGAAGAUGUGGCCCAUUCCUCUUCCCAGCAUCAAGACACAGACAGCACCCACCACCAGAAUGAGGAAAGUUCAUUGACGUAUGCUACAUUGGAAGUCAAGCACACUGUGAAUGGGCAUAGGCCAAAGAGAAGAGAUGUGAACAUGGACACAGUGUACAGUGAAAUUGAGUACCGUGAAAUUAUGAUCCACAAGUGCUAAUGAAAAUAUGAUUUAAGGAAAAAACGAAUAACCAAUGUGACAUAUUAUAGCAGGUGUACAUUAUAAGACAUGCAUUACUUCUUUACAGCUAACAUACUGUACUAGUACUCAACACAUGGGCAGCAUAUGUACAGUGCUGAGAAAAAAGUCUGUAAACCCCUAAGGUUCCUGUUCUUGUAUAUAUUAGACCUAAAAUGUAAUAACAUCUUUAUGAAAGUUUUAAUAAAAGAUUAAAAUAAUUCAAUUAUAAAUAUGACACCAAGGCGCAACUCAUUAUAUAAUUUAAAAAAGUGUCCCAACAGUAAAAGCCUUAGAUGUACUGUGGUAGCAAUGACAACUUUACCCAUCCAUCUUAGAUGGAUCCAUAGCAGCUUUGAAAAUGUAUAUAUUUUAAUGCAUUUUAUCUUGAAUUACAUGUUUUUUAAAGUUUCAAAGUUUUACAUGUGCAAGUGAUCUCCAAUAAAUCCAACCAUUA